AGGGGACGGGAAUAUGCGGAGACCGCCCACAUCUGCUGGCGGAGCUGCGAGUCGAGGCCAGGUCGCUGUUCUCAAAGGAGCGCGCCCCGCCGAGAUCCUUCUUGCGCCGCAGGCAGCGCGCGACUGGGACGUGGAGGCUCCGAGGGAAGACGCGGGAGCGGACUUGGGAAGGGCGUCCUCCUCAAGCGGCGGUGGUGGCUGGCUCUGUAAGGGAAGUUCAGACCGUUCUCUUGUUGGCGAUUUACUUCCGAAAAUGUAUCGGUGGAACGUCAUCGUUUUCGUUCCUGAGCCUCUUCCAUUUAGUUGGUUGCAGUGUUGCGGGUGCCUUGUCCAGUUUCAGUUUCAGGACUUAGGGCCUACCUCGGAGACCUAAUUGAAGCGCUAUCCAAUUAAAAAUAUAAUUUUCGACCACUUUGCUAUAACAUUUGCGGCAGUCUGGGAACCAUGUCAACAAUGUAUACAAAAAGAGCAUUAUCCUUCUCCAGAGAAGUCCAUAGUCUGUUAAGGACGUACAAAAAGAGAUCUGCCAGUAGAAUGACAGGGCAAUUUCACAAUACCUUGGUGACCAAAAUUUGUCAAAGUUCAAAGCAAAUGGGCAGCAACUCUCAGAGAAUUCCUGAAGGGAAAGGUCCUUAUUCUGUGGGAUGUACAGAUCUCAUGACUGGUUAUAGUAUUCAGGGGAUUUUUUUGCGUCUGUAUUAUCCUUCCCAAAAUUGUAUGAAUAAUGAAGAUACAACAUGGAUUCCCAGAAAAGAAUAUUAUUAUGGACUGUCUGAUUUUCUUAACAUAUAUCGGAAGUUAGGGGAGUUCAUUUUUGCACGCUAUGUUGGCUCAGUUACAUGUCCUGCAAAGUGGAAUGCUGAAUUCAAGCCUGGAGAAAAAUAUCCCCUAAUUAUUUUUUCCCAUGGACUUGGAGCAUUUAGAACGCUGUAUUCUGCAAUUUGCAUUGAAAUGGCAUCUCAGGGGUUUGUUGUUGCUGCUGUGGAACAUAGAGACCAGUCCUCUUCAGCUACAUAUUACUGUAAAGAAAACUCUAACUUAGAAGCCAAACCCCCCCCCUCAGAAUUGCAUAAGGAGUGGAUUUACUACAGGAAAUUAAAAGCAAAUGAAGAUGAAGUUUCACUCAGGCGGAAACAGGUACAGCAAAGGGCAGAUGAAUGCAUUAGAGCUCUUGAUCUUUUGCUCGAAAUUAAUUCUGGAAAUCCAGCUAUGAAUGUGCUGCCUUUAAAUUUCAACUGGAGUCUUUUAAAGGAUUCUAUUGACCUACAGAAGAUAGCAGCAAUGGGGCAUUCUUUUGGUGCUGCCACAGCCAUAGAAACUCUUAGCAAAGAUGCACGAUUCCAAUGCGGUAUUGCUCUUGAUGCAUGGAUGUUUCCUCUGUCUGAUGAAGUAUAUCCCAAAAUUCACCAGCCAUUGUUGUUUAUUAAUUCAGAAAAAUUCCAGUGGGCUGUGAAUAUCCUAGAAAUGAAGAAACUUAACUGCAAAGGCAGAGAAAGAAAAAUGAUAACUAUCAAAGGAUCAGUACAUCAGAGUUUUCCCGACUUUACAUUCUUUGCUGGAAACAUUGUUGGAAAGUUUUUUAAACUGAAAGGAGAUAUAGAUCCAAAAACAGCUAUUGAUAUUAGCAACAAAGCUUCACUGGCCUUUUUACAGAAACAUUUGGGUCUCUCAAAAGAUUUUAACCAAUGGGACCCUCUUUUAGAUGGUGAAGGACUUAAUGUCAUUCCAGACACCAAUAUUGACUUAACUCCAGUGGCAUCUGAAUGAAAAUAAAGAUUUUAAUUGCC